AUGCGUAUUCCCGUAGACCCGAGCACCAGCAGGCGCUUCACACCCCCCUCCACGGCCUUCCCCUGCGGCAAGAUGGGAGAGAACAGCGGGGCGCUGGGGGCCCCCGCGCCGGGCGCCCGCGCUCGGCCCGAGGUCCGCUCCGUCGUGGAUGUACUGGCCGACCACGCCGGAGAGCUGGUGCGCACCGACAGCCCCAACUUCUUGUGCUCCGUCCUGCCGUCCCACUGGAGGUGCAACAAGACGCUGCCCGUCGCCUUCAAGGUCGUAGCCCUCGGAGAUGUUCCCGAUGGGACCGUGGUCACGGUGAUGGCGGGGAACGACGAAAAUUACUCGGCGGAGCUGCGCAACGCCUCCGCCGUGAUGAAAAACCAAGUAGCAAGAUUUAACGACCUCAGAUUUGUUGGGAGAAGCGGCAGGGGAAAAAGCUUCACCCUGACCAUCACCGUGUUCACCAACCCCACCCAAGUCGCCACCUAUCACCGAGCCAUCAAAGUGACCGUAGAUGGACCCCGGGAGCCACGAAGGCACAGACAAAAGCUAGAAGACCAAGCCAAACCCUUCACCGACCGCUACGGGGAGCUGGAACGGCUGCGCCAGUCCAUGAGAGUCACCCCGACAACACCCAACCCUCGUGGAUCCCUCAGCACCCCGAGCCACUUCGGGUCCCAGGCUCAGACUCCAAUACAAGGCACGUCAGACCUGAGCCCCUUCUCUGACCCCCGGCAGUUCGACCGCUCCUUCCCGACGCUGCCGGCGCUCACCGAGACCAGGUUCUCCGACCCACGGAUGCAUUAUCCCGGCGCCAUGUCCGCUGCCUUCCCCUACACCGCCACCCCCUCGGCCACGGGCAUCGGGGGCAUCAGCAUGACCAGCAUGCCCACCACGACACGCUUCCACCACACCUACCUGCCGCCCCCCUACCCCGGCUCCACGCAGAACCAGAGCGGACCCUUCCAGGCCAACCCCUCUCCCUACCAUUUGUACUACGGCACGUCCUCGGGCUCCUACCAGUUCUCCAUGGUGGCGGGCGGCGAGCGCUCGCCCACCCGGAUGCUCUCGUCCUGCACAAGCGCCUCAGCAGGGAACAACCUAAUGAAUCCCACCCUGGGCAAUCAGAACGACGGGGUGGACGCGGACGGGAGCCACAGUAACUCACCCACGACCAUGACGACUACUGGGAGGAUGGAUGAGUCGGUCUGGAGACCCUACUAGGAGGAACUCAGCUGUGCACCAAUGUCUUUUAACUCAAUCAGCCACCUUUUGCUCCUUUUGGUAGUGACCAGAGCAAAGUGAUGCCUAAACCAAAGUCUCCCAGGCCAAAAGCAAACCAGGAUCCUCUGCAUGCAAGCACGGGCAAACAUCAAGCAAAGACGGACCAGGACCUACGUUACAUUUCAAGAUGAACAUCCACGAGGCUUGAUGUGGUUCCCUUUGUGUGUCUUAAGUAUGUGGAUUGUACAUAGGGGGGGAAAAAAAAAAGGACAUGUGGAAUCAGAUGUUUGUUACUCGCAGAACACUUCUCAGUCAUCUCACUCACACCUCUUCCCCUCAGAAAGAGCGAAGAAAAGCUUCACCCUUCCUCUGCAAAAUGAUUCAGAGAAGAGAAAAGACCAGGGAGUUGCCCAAACCAUCUCUCUGCCAGAGCAAGAGGACUGAACUGAGAAAAAAAAAAAAAAGGGGGGGGGGAAAAAAAAAAAGGAAAAAAAAAAAUCCCAUUGUCUCUUCUCCUUCCCUUCCCACUGGUGUAGGGUCCCUGACCACCAAAGAGCUCCGGAACGACGCCAGAGCAGUCGGGUUUACAGCACAACCGCGGGGAUCGGGCACGGCGGGGCUGGGCCGGCGUCAGCCACGUGAACAGGAGCUGUGAUGUGAUUAUUAUUAUUAUUAUUAUUAUUAUUAUUAUUAUUAUUAUUAUUAUUUGCUGUUGGCGACAGAGGUUGUAUUGUUCAUUUUUUUUGUCAUUGUCGUCACUUUUAAAACAGUAACGUGGCUGAUCCCGUGCCUGACCGGCCCCUUUUCUCUAUGUUUACACACGAGAUGUACUUUUUUACGCGACGUGUUUUGUUUUCUUUUGUUUGCUCUUCUGUCCUGACCUCACCACUCAGUUCUCUGCUCCUCUUAGUAGAUCUCAGUGAUGGUGGCUGAAGUGAAGGUGGCAUUCAGGACAAUCCAAGACGGAUGAGAUGCACUUCCAAGCGCGUUAGCUGCAAAAGGGACUCGGGGGCCUUUGGCAUGACCUUGCCACUGCUCUCUGGGUCUUCUUUCCUCCUCUCUGAGUGGCAACACAUGCAGCUGGUGGCAAAGCAUCAUUAUUCUGUUAUGAUUCUUUCCCACGUUUUCACUCAGAGUGGAUUGACACGAUGACUUUUUAUUUUGAUUUACACUUGGUUCAUGCUGAAAGCUCUAACUGAGAUUUGGAGAAAGGAGCACUUUUUACACUUGGUGGUUGGGAAUAUUGUGAAGUGAUGUUAUCUAGUCUUUUCCAUCCCCUCACCCUCCUUCCCUCCCCCUCAAGUGGCCCAGAGCAUGGGUAUCUUGCUGUAGAUGAAUAAGCUGAAGAAGGGGCACUAAAGGUACCAUCGGCCCAUCAAUGACCGGUUGCAUCUUGUGGCAUUUGGAGGAACCAGCUCUCCCAGGCACCCUUGUAGCUGAUACCAAAGACAUUGCAACCAAACAGGGCCAUGAUGGGAGGUCGUAGGCAGCUGGAGGGGCUGUCUGGGCUCCUCCAAGCCGGGGUCAGUGGUUUGGCUCUGAUGCACAGUGCAGGGUUUGUCACCUCCUGCAAGCCAGCUGGGCUUUAUGCUGGCAUGGGAAUUGGGACUGGAUUCAUGAUUCCCUACCCUGGCAGGGCUGAGGGUGUGUGGA